AUGGCGAUUAUAGAGAAGAAAGCAUUUCUCGGAGUGCAAAAGAAAAGACUGAAAAAUAAGCGUAACAAGAAGAAGUAUAAUUUGCUUGACAAAGUCUUGGACUAUCUUAAAUUUGACUGUUGCUUGUUUGCUCCUCUGACUUCUUCAAAUUCUGAUUUUCGUUCACACAAGAUUGAAAUGAAGGAAAAUGCUAAAGAGAACAAGAAAAAGUUGGUGAAGAAGGUUGGGGAAUAUCUAAUCUCUGAUUCUUACAUGUAUGCUCCUUUGGUUGUUCCUCCUAAACCAUUGUGGGUCCCAACAAAAGGACCUCAACGGUACACCAAACAUGUCACUGUGGAAGUUGCAAGGAGGUCCAUAUCAUUGAAAGAAACCACUCGGUUGGCAAAUAAACAAAGCAUAAUUCCAGCCCGACAAUCUUUAGCCCACAAGGAGACGGUGAAGCACGCCAUUUACCAAAAUUGUCGAUCGUCGUCAGAUAAGGGAAUGCAUGGUUCGCGGCUAAGGAAGCGUUGUUGACUUUAAACAAAGGGAUGAUCAAAGAACAGGACUCGGUAAAAUAUAGGAACUCAAAGGCACUGUGAGUUUCUAUGAUGAAGGUUGUAUAUUUAUAGGUAGAUCUAGAUCGUAGUUUGUAUUGUCUUUUAAGUACUCCAUGGUAAUUAAUUUUGCGGAAACUCAUUUCUAGUCUCGUUUUUCCUGCUUUGAUAUAUCUUAUAUUGUCUUG